AUUCCGCUCCGACGUCGGUGGAGGGGCUUUUGAUCGUUCCUCCGUUUCCCCCCCCCUCUCUCUCGGCCCACUUCUGAGACUCCACGUUGCUCGCGGUUAAUAUGAGCGCGAAGCCGAGACCAUGGCAGGCCGCGCAUUCUCUCACCGGUCCCGGGCGUACGGCACCACCGCAUUGACGGAUUCCGCCGAAUGUAUGGAAGGAGCUCGAGAGGGCGCUACAGAUGACGAUUUCUUUCGACCAGUGUAGAUGCUAAUUGUUGCGUUUAAGGACUUGACAGGGCGUUUAGAUGGCUGAAUUUCAUCGGAAGAAAUCUAAUGGCUACAAAAGAUCAUAUCCAGGCUGUAUGGGAGGGAUGGUUAACCUGUUUGACCUGGGGGUUUCAGGAAACAAACUACUUGCUGACAGACCUCAUAGUCAUGGAUCAGACCUUUCUGGAAGCCGACUGGAAAUAUCAAAGAAAGCACCAGAUCCCACUGUUUACGAUGAUGAAUACUUAAAAGAAAAACCACAGAUAGCAUAUGAACCAAGGAGAGGUUCCUUAAACAAGACUGCAAAUGGAACGCCUAUGAAGAUGCUUCUGGCACAAGAAUUAUCAAAAGAAGUGGAUCCCAAGCGAAAGCCACCCAGUGUCGUUGCUCGCCUUAUGGGGCUUGAUGCUGUUCCUGCUCAAGCACCAGUUUCAGCCCGGCAGAAGAAUAAAUCUGAAGGCUUCUUGGAAAGCACUACAUUGAGGAAUCAGGAGCACUGUCGCCACCUGUCAAUAGAGUUAGAUACUUUCAAUCGCUCACGGUCUGGACCGAGGUACCAGCGUCGAGAACAUGAUUCGGAGGUGAAGCGCCUUCCAGACAGGUCCCUGUCACAUUCUUCUAUUUCUGAGAAAGAAGAAUGUAAAGAUGUUUAUGAAGUUUGGCAGUCGUCUAAGAUGGAGAAAAUUGGUCAUGGGUCAUUGCAGAAAGCAACAUAUGACGACCUAGAUGAGAAAAGAAUGGAUGUUGUACGUCAAAAGUUCAUGGAAGCAAAGCGACUUGCUACUGAUGAAAAGCUUCGUCAAUCUAAGGAAUUCCAAGAUGCAUUAGAGGUGCUAAGUUCAAACAGAGACUUGUUCCUGAAAUUUCUGCAGGAAUCCAAUCCUUUAUUCUCAAAGCAACUCAAUAACUUGCAAACCGUAGAGCCACCGGUUCAGUCAAAGCGCAUCACAGUUCUGAAACCUUCAAAGAAAGUAGCGCGAAAUGGUUCCUGGGAGCAACUUAAGGUCGGUGAAAGAUGCGUUACCUCAGAAUCCAAAACGGGCCACUGUGGGAGGACACAGGAACUUGUGCAUCAUUCCCCCAAGAAACAACAACUAAGCAAGGCAAAAGGACUAGAACAGAACAGAGUGGAGAGGAACUCUGUUUUUGAUAAUCAGAACGGUUUUCACGUCAGACCACCAGGGAAAGCCGAUAGUGCAUCCCGGCCCACAAAAAUAGUGGUCUUGAAGCCUAGUGCUAGGAUGACCCAGGACAUAAGAACGGCGAUCACAUCACCACCUCUGUCACCUGGGCCCCGCGGUAGAGAUUCAUUUUCGAGCAGUCCGGAAGAAUAUUUUGAUUCUGCAGCAGAAGAAAACAAUGAUUCUCAAGGGAUAGAGGGAGCCCAUACGCCUGGAAGCAUGAUCAACCAGGCAAUGCAUGCAUUUGGUACAAGAGAUGAGCCAAUGAUCUCAUCUAAUUUAUCAAAUGGCUAUGUUGGAGAUGAGAGCUCAUUCAAUAGAUCAGAUAAUGAAUAUGUUGAGGGGGGCAAUCUUAGUGAUUCUGAUGUUAUGACCCCAACCUCGAGGCAUUCAUGGGAGUUCAUCAACAGAUGCAGUCCUUAUUCAUCGUCUUCCUUGAGCAGGGCGUCUUGUUCACCAGAGUCUUCAGUGAGCAGAGAAGCCAAGAAACGACUUUCAGAGCGGUGGGCGUUGAUAGCAUGUGGUAAUCCUGAAUACAGGCAUCUAAGGAGGAGCUCGAGUACUUUAGGCGAAAUGCUUGCUAUACCUGAAGUGAAAAAUCCGACGGACUCAGUUGGGGAGACUAGCGAGGAAUCUCCUUCCAUGUCAAGCGGCAGGAUGCAUGCUCAAAAUGAUGUUCAAGAGUCGAGCUUUGUUUCUAGCGACAAGGCUGUAGAGGAUGGUGCUGGGGAAGGUUCCUUCAGAAACCUAUUGAGUGCAAAUGCCUUAGCAAAAACAGAGAAACCAAAGAGUGGGAAGUCAUUCAGGGGAAAAGUCUCGAGUUUGUUCUUCUCAAAGAAUAGGAAGUCGAGCAAAGAGAAAUGUCUUCCAUCCCCCUCUCCCUCAAGUGAAAGCUGCCAGGCUAACAAAGAGAUUUGUAAUGGUGCCCAUGAUUUGCAGCAGCUCCCUGUUAGAAAUAAUCGUGGAGACGGUCAAUCUCCUUGGCAAAGUUCAGACGAAUUAUGCAGAACACCUGCUUCAACUUUGUCACCGUAUGGACAAAAAGGAGGCGGCUUUGUCAAGGCAGAACAAGGAGACAUUCCGAGUGAGAAUGCAGAGCAACCAAGUCCUGUUUCGGUGUUGGAACCACCAUUUGAGGAUGAACUUAGCCCAACCGGAGUUGGAAGGAGCAUCUCGGAGUCAGAAGCUCGUCAUGGAUCUCUUCCCCUCAAAAUGGGCACAAGUCGGGUAUCUUCACCGGAAUCAUUGGCUACCAUAUUGUCAUGGGACGACCCCAUCCCUGUGGAUGGCCGACUAGGAAAGAACAUAGGGCCAGAAGCUGCAACAAUUGCCAGUAUGGUUGUCGAAGAAGAACAACGCUUCCUAUUUGUGGAGAAUGUGCUCACAGCUGCUGGCUUGGAUGGAAAACAACCUGCCACUACCGUCUUUUUGGAAAGGUGGCACUCCCCAAGCAGUCCUUUAGACCCUUCCUUACUGGAUGGUUUUGAUGAUUGGAACGAACGCUUUAUCAAUAUCAAUGCGGCCAUGAGUGAAGCUGCAAAACUGCGGCGAGCUGUGUUGGAAAGAAAGCUUUUGUUUGACUGCAUGAACACAGCCCUCCUGGACAUGGCAGGACCAGCUUUAGAUGUCAAUCCGUGGCUGCGGGCCAGGAUUUGGACUGGCAAAGGCAUGACCCUAGCAGGGAACGAGCUGGUAGAGGAGGUAUGGAGGAGGGUGAAGAAGAUUUUCUCAGGGGAGGAAGCGGUGUCAACGGGGGUAACGGCGACCGAGUGCCGGGAUUGUGUGGACAAGUUGUUGAAGAAAGAGGUGGCCGGCAGAGGGUGGGAUUGGUUGCAGUUGGAGUGGGUGGAGAUCGACGUUAUUGGGAAAGAGAUAGAGAACGACCUCUUCAAGAACUUGAUAGACGACAUUGUGUCUGAUUUCGUCCGUAUGCGAUUCCAUUAACUGUUUGAUUGUGGCCCUCAAUGGUUCAAUGUCCAUGGUGGCCUCUCGCUUUCUCUCUCUCUCCCCUUUGGAGGGGAACAGGGGAAAGGAUUGAAUAAGGUACAUGCAGCUGCCCCUUGUCACCUCCUAUUAUUAUUCUUAAUUUUUUAAAGACCGUUGCCCUCCGCUCCUUUUGUAAUGUAUGUACGUAGGCAUAAUCAUUUGUAUAAACAUUUGUUGUGUAAGAUUCGAGUUUGGUUUCAACUA